AUGAACGGCUUUUUGGAAACUACCCCGAGGAGCCACCCCCCCGGCAAGUACCCCGAGGAGCCGCCCCCCGGCGAGUACCCCGAGGACCUGCCCCCCCGGCGAGUACCCCGAGGACCUGCCGCCCGGCGAGUACCCCGAGGACCUGCCCCCCGGCGAGUACCCCGAGGAGCCGCCCCCCCGGCGAGUACCCCGAGGAGCCGCCCCCCCAGCGAGUACCCCGAGGACCUGCCGCCCGGCGAGUACCCCGAGGAGCCGCCCCCCCCGGCGAGUACCCCGAGGAGCCACUCCCCCGGCGAGUACCCCAAGGAGCCGCCCCCCCGUACCCCGAGGAGCCGCCCCCCCGGCGAGUACCCCGAGGACCUGCCGCCCGGCGAGUACCCCGAGGAGCCGCCCCCCCAGCGAGUACCCCGAGGAGCCACCCCCCCAGCGAGUACCCCGAGGACCUGCCGCCCCCCCGGCGAGUACCCCGAGGACCUGCCGCCCGGCGAGUACCCCGAGGAGCCGCCCCCCCGGCGAGUACCCCGAGGACCUGCCGCCCGGCGAGUACCCCGAGGAGCCACCCCCCCGGCGAGUACCCCGAGGACCUGCCGCCCGGCGAGUACCCCGAGGAGCCGCCCCCCCAAUGAGUACCCCGAGGACCUGCCGCCCGGCAAGUACCCCGAGGAGCCACUCCCCCGGCGAGUAACCCGAGGACCUGCCCCCCGGCGAGUACCCCGAGGAGCUGCCCCCCUGGCGAGUACCCCGAGGACCUGCCACCCGGCGAGUACCCCGAGGAGCCACCCCCCCGGCGAGUACCCCGAGGAGCCGCCCCCCCCGUACCCCGAGGACCUGCCGCCCAGCGAGUACCCCGAGGAGCUGCCCCCCGAUGAGUACCCCGAGGACCUGCCACUCGGCAAGUACCCCGAGGAGCCGCCCCCCCGUACCCCGAGGAGCUGCCCCCCCGAUGAGUACGCCGACGAGCUGCCCGCCGGCGAGUACCCUGAGGAGCUGCCCCCCAGCGAGUACCCCGAGGAGCUGCUGCCCGGCGAGUCCGGGCCAUCCCUGCUGAGCAGCACCCCAGGCCCCGAGCGGAGCAGCUGCUCCAGACCAGCGGCAGCGUAUCUGCAGCAAAGCCAGUUCCCAGCAAGGACCGUUCAGCUCCCGGCUGCCUUGGAAACGCCGGCCCGGCUGCUCUCCCCUGGAAGCAGCGCCACGGAUCAGGGCUUGCACCGGCCCCAGGUCAGCCAGUGGAAGGAGCACGAGGACGUGGCAGGGCGACGUGGGGAAGGGAAGGAGCACGAGGACGUGGCAGGGCGACGUGGGGCAGGGAAGGAGCACGAGGACGUGGCAGGGCGACGUGGGGCAGGGAAGGAGCACGAGGACGUGGCAGGGCGACGUGGGGCAGGGAAGGAGCCCGAGGACGUGGCAGGGCGACGUGGGGCAGGGAAGGAGCCCGAGGACGUGGCAGGGCGACGUGGGGCAGGGAAGGAGCCCGAGGGCGUGGCAGGGCGACGUGGGGCAGGGAAGGAGCCCGAGGGCGUGGCAGGGCGACGUGGGGCAGGGAAGGAGCACGAGGACGUGGCAGGGCGACGUGGGGCAGGGAAGGAGCCCGAGGGCGUGGCAGGGCGACGUGGGGCAGGGAAGGAGCCCGAGGGCGUGGCAGGGCGACGUGGGGCAGGGAAGGAGCCCGAGGGCGUGGCAGGGCGACGUGGGGCAGGGAAGGAGCCCGAGGGCGUGGCAGGGCGACGUGGGGCAGGGAAGGAGCCCGAGGGCGUGGCAGGGCGACGUGGGGCAGGGAAGGAGCCCGAGGGCGUGGCAGGGCGACGUGGGGCAGGGAAGGAGCCCGAGGGCGUGGCAGGGCGACGUGGGGCAGGGAAGGAGCCCGAGGGCGUGGCAGGGCGACGUGGGGCAGGGAAGGAGCCCGAGGGCGUGGCAGGGCGACGUGGGGCAGGGAAGGAGCCCGAGGGCGUGGCAGGGCGACGUGGGGCAGGGAAGGAGCCCGAGGGCGUGGCAGGGCGACGUGGGGCAGGGAAGGAGCCCGAGGGCGUGGCAAGGCGACGUGGGGCAGGGAAGGAGCCCGAGGACGUGGCAGGGCGACGUGGGGCAGGGAAGGAGCACGAGGACGUGGCAGGGCGACGUGGGGCAGGGAAGGAGCACGAGGGCGUGGCAGGGCGACGGAAGGAGCACGAGGGCGUGGCAGGGCGACGUGGGGCAGGGAAGGAGCACGAGGACGUGGCAGGGCGACGUGGGGCAGGGAAGGAGCCCGAGGACGUGGCAGGGCGACGUCGGGCAGGGAAGGAGCCCGAGGACGUGGCAGGGCGACGUCGGGCAGGGACGGAGCCCGAGGACGUGGCAGGGCGACGUCGGGCAGGGAAGGAGCCCGAGGACGUGGCAGGGCGACGUGGGGCAGGGAAGGAGCCCGAGGGCGUGGCAGGGCGACGUGGGGCAGGGAACGAGCCCGAGGGCGUGGCAGGGCGACGUGGGGCAGGGAAAGAGCCCGAGGGCGUGGCAGGGCGACGUGGGGCAGGGAAGGAGCACGAGGGCGUGGCAGGGCGACGUGGGGCAGGGAAGGAGCACGAGGGCGUGGCAGGGCGACGUGGGGCAGGGAAGGAGCACGAGGGCGUGGCAGGGCGACGUGGGGCAGGGAAGGAGCACGAGGACGUGGCAGGGCGACGAGGGGCAGGGAAGGAGCACGAGGACGUGGCAGGGCGACGAGGGGCAGGGAAGGAGCACGAGGGCGUGGCAGGGCGACGUGGGGCAGGGAAGGAGCACGAGGGCGUGGCAGGGCGACGUGGGGCAGGGAAGGCGCACGAGGACGUGGCAGGGCGACGUGGGGCAGGGAAGGAGCACGAGGGCGUGGCAGGGCGACGUGGGGCAGGGAAGGAGCACGAGGGCGUGGCAGGGCGACGUGGGGCAGGGAAGGAGCACGAGGGCGUGGCAGGGCGACCUCUGUGGGGAGCACUGUGGGCUCCAGGCCCCACUAACCCAAUUGCUGACAGUGCCGCCUCUAAUGGGGACGGCCCACUGUCCCCUGCCUGCGUGCGACACGGGCUGCCCCCUGCCUGGGGCCAGGUGCCCAUCGUAACAUGGCACCCGAGAAAGGAUGUCAACGGCUGGACUCUGCCAGGCACUCGCCUGUGGCACGAGGACGAACGCUGCUCCCACCACCGCAGCUUCGCUGCCCGGCCCUUAACUGACUGUCCCAUUACUGAGCAGGGCCGGCGCUAG